AUGUUGGUAUCAGCUGAGACAUGGACUGAGGUGAGUGGACUGGACCCAGCCAUGGUCAUACAUGUUGGUACCAAUUCAAGUUCAAGACGAGCGGUAAGAGGCAGGGAUGUAACGAUUCACCGAUACGCAUCGGUCCCCGGUUCAAAUGUUUAAGAUAUGAGUGCAUCGGUCCCCUGUUCAAAUGUUUAAAGAUAUGAGUGCAUCGGUCCCCGGUUCAAAUGUUUAAGAUAUGAGUGCAUCGGUCCCCGGUUCAAAUGUUUAAGAUAUGAGUGCAUCGGUCCCCGGUUCAAAUGUUUAAAGUGUAUCAGUCCGCUGAACCCCAAACCGAUCCAAAUGUACCAUGCAUCGGUCAAAAAAUCUAUUCAAACAUUACGAAUCACCGGUUCACUACAAUAUUUUGCAGAAAUUACUUAAUUUCUACCUUCCAAAAAUACCUCUCAUCUUGUGAGAACUGCGUCGUUCAGUGCCGAACUAAGCAUGUUAUUGUGUUGCCAGUCAUUGAUCUACAAGUCAUCAUGCCGAACAACAAUAGCAGUAGUCAAACUGCUCGCUGACCAACGUAGGCUACAUGCUGAUCGGGGCUAACAUUAGAUUUUAUUUUGAUUGUUCAGGUCCACCAUCAGCAAUAGUUUUGGUUCGCCUGGCUAUCCACGUUAGGGUUGGGCGGUAUCGAGGAUUUCAUACCGUCAUACCGUUUCGGUACCAUACCGGGGUAUACGGUAUUACCGGAAGUGCACACAUGGGGGCGCUAUUUCUAAAACUGUGUGUGACGCACAAAACAAUUCAGGCAACAGGGAUCUUGAUCCAGGAGGGGAUUGAAUGUCUCUGCUGUAACCAAGAAGCUGGAUCUUGACAUCUUGCCACUUAGCUAGCAAGUUAGCCAACCAGAUGCAUAGCUGGAGCCCUGAGCUGGAGAUCAUUUAUUUAUCACAUCUUAUAUGUCUUAUAUUUAUACUUAACUGCCCCCAACCCCCCCAGAAAAAGUCAGUGGGCGUGGUGUACGUCUGUAUUUCUAAAUAUACCGGGUAUAACGAUUACCGGGGUAUCACCCAACGCCCACAGACUUUAGUUUCUUCUCCGCAAUGAAUCUGGAUCUAAGUACCUCCUAACGAUUUUUAGAACGCAAACACAUUCGAACCAUUCUGAUUGGUCCCAGAAAACGAUGGGUUGGGCCAGAGCCAGAACACACGUGGGUAAAGCAGCGUUUUGAAAAUGUGUCAUUGGCUUUGAUACUCUUGAUUGAUUGGUUAGAAAUGAUCCAAUCGCGGAUGACUUUGUUUUGUACAACACCCCUCAUUUUGACGUUCACCACCAACGACUUGAAUGAUGGCGGUCUCAGACUGAAGUAUGUAGCGGACACAGAGCAGCGGAAGAAUUCAGUUUGAGUCAUCAGGCAACGAUUGGGCCCCGAGUUGUGUUAGUGUUGCUUGAAACAAUCAGUGUAUAUGGUCAUUUUUAGAUAUACAGGGUAAAGUUGAGAAUUUCAUAACAAGGAGAGCAAUCACUUUUGCUACCCACACUGCAUGGUUGAUGCGGAAUCAUGCUGUUUAAUCAGCUUCUUGAUAUGCCACGCCUGUCAGGUGGAUGGAUUCUCUUGGCAAAGGAUAAAUGCUCACUAACAGGGAUGUAAACAAAAUUGUACACAAAAUAUGAGAGAAAUAAGCUUUUUGUGCGUAUGGAACAUUUCUGGGAUAUUUUAUUUCAGCUCAUGAAUCAUGGGACCGACACUUUCCAUACAGAGUCCAUGUAUAUCUAGAUAUGUAUGGAAUCGUGCUGAAAGGGAACACAUCACUAGGAAGAGGGUUGAUUUCUGUUCAAGGCUGUUUCCCCUUUUCUUCUUUGUCUCAUCAGCUGUGUGACUUCCCCUAACGGACGCACAGUCAGACGGACGGACGGACGGACGGACGCCGCGUCGUCUGUACCCCUACCCCAGACACCCACCUCACUUGCCAGCCGUUCAAAUGCACCCCGACAAUAAGCUGACCAAUCAUGGCAAGCAAGUGAGCAGCGACAGCCAAUCCCAGCUCUCCAAUGUGACCCAGCAGCAAGAGGGGGCCAAUAAGGGCCUGGGGGCGGGCAGCCAAUCGGUGAUGAAGACGAAGAGGGAGAGAAGUGUGUCCGUGGACUCUGGGGAACAGAGAGACGCGCUGGAGCCUGACGCCAAAGGUAGGGUAUUACGUCACAUUACAGCUGCGGGCUACCGUCAGAAGCCAGAGGAAAUUCUGACGCCUAACAGAAAGGUCAGGGUAUUUCAGUAUGAAGGAAAACAAGUUAUUUAGUACACACCGUCACACACACACACACACACACACACACACACAUCGUCACACCGUCACACACACACACACACACCGUCACACACACACACACGCACCGUCACACACACACACACACACAUACACCGUCACACACACACACACACACACACAAAAUCACACACACAUCACACACAAUGCACACACAGACACAGACACACCAUGCACACACCGACACUAACACGUUUCCUGCUGUGGGUGGGUGUAGGUAGCUAAUCUGGUAUUUCUGGUGCAGAUCUGACCAGAGAGAGACAGAGGAAAUCUAAAAGAUCUGACCAGAGAGAGACAGAGGAAAUCUAAAAGAUCAACAUCUACAUACUACCAGAGGAAUGUACACCCUGGCCGUGUAUAUGCUGCUCGGAGUUUAGCAGCAGUAAACUGUUACCAGAACAGUGAUAUCUGUAGGUGUCUGUCUGACUCCUGUAGAUUAGCAGCAGUAAACUGUUCCCAGAACAGUGAUCUCUGUAGGUGUCUGUCUGACUCCUGUAGAUUAGCAGCAGUAAACUGUUACCAGAACAGUGAUCUCUGUAGGUGUCUGUCUGACUCCUGUAGAUUAGCAGCAGUAAACUGUUCCCAGAACAGUGAUCUCUGUAGGUGUCUGUCUGACUCCUGUAGUUUAGCAGCAGUAAACUGUUCCCAGAACAGUGAUCUCUGUAGGUGUCUGUCUGACUCCUGUAGUUUAGCAGCAGUAAACUGUUCCCAGAACAGUGAUCUCUGUAGGUGUCUGUCUGACUCCUGUAGAUUAGCAGCAGUAAACUGUUCCCAGAACAGUGAUCUCUGUAGGUGUCUGUCUGACUCCUGUAGAUUAGCAGCAGUAAACUGUUCCCAGAACAGUGAUCUCUGUAGGUGUCUGUCUGACUCCUGUAGAUUAGCAGCAGUAAACUGUUCCCAGAACAGUGAUCUCUGUAGGUGUCUGUCUGACUCCUGUAGAUUAGCAGCAGUAAACUGUUCCCAGAACAGUGAUCUCUGUAGGUGUCUGUCUGACUCCUGUAGUUUAGCAGCAAGGCUAGAAGCUAGAAGUGGUUGUAGAUUUGCAUCUCUUUGUGCAUGCUGUGACUAUUUGCAUUUGUUUGCCUGUGUAUUAUUCUUUCGCGUGUGUGCGUCUGCGUGUGUGUGUGCGUGAGUAUGUGUGUGUGUGUGUGUGUGUGUGACUGCCGAGGUGGGGGAGGGUGACAGCCAGUAAUAUCAUUUUGUGAAACUGAGUCAUCUGAGCUUACCAUCACACACACACACACACACACACACACACACACACACACACACACACACACACACACACACACACACACACACACACACUAUGCAAUGUUCCUUGACAUACUGAGAGAGGGGGGCGUAGUUACAUCAAAGAAUAACUGAAGCUUGGUUCUGAAUUGAAGGUUCAAAUACAGCACAGUUGAAAAAUAUAUGUCACAUGGAAAUCAUAAGAGGAUGGUUUACAGAGAUAGGUGGGAUGGACUGAGGGCAGCUGAGGGGUGGGGUUUAAAGCCCAUGAUCUAUAAUAGUUAUGACUGAAAAUAAUAUAUAUAUAUAUAUAUAUAUAUAUAUAUAUAUAUAUAUAUAUAUAUAUAUAUACACACAGUGAGGGAAAAAAGUAUUUGAUCCCCUGCUGAUUUUGUACGUUUGCCCACUGACAAAGACAUGAUCAGUCUAUAAUUUUAAUGGUAGGUUUAUUUGAACAGUGAGAGACAGAAUAACAACAACAAAAUCCAGAAAAACGCAUGUCAAAAAUUUUAUACAGAGACUGAGUCUCUGCUGCUAGGUGGUCAGACUGAGUCUGCUGCUAGGUGGUGUAAACAUUGACAAUGUGUACUAGUGUGUAUAGAUAGUGUGUACCCUCGAGUAGGCUGAGUGAAGACAUGAGGGGACAUAUCCAUUGCACUCGAUAGUGUGUACACUACUUUGAGGACACAACCGGUGAGCGAGGACAAAGCCAUAGCAGGAGAUAGUGUACACUAGUUUGAGGCCAUAGCAGGAGAUAGUGUACACUUGUUUGAGGCCAUAGCAGGAGAUAGUGUACACUUGUUUGAGGCCAUAGCAGGAGAUAGUGUACACUUGUUUGAGGCCAUAGCAGGAGAUAGUGUACACUAGUUAAAGUGAGGACACAGACAUGGCAGUCUCCCCUCUCUCUCACUACUGUCUGUCUCACCAAGGUUAUUUGAUAGUAUGAGGCCAGAAGCUAUACUCUCGCUCUCCUUCCUCCCUCCCUCUCUCCUCUCAUCUCAUUAUGGAUGAUUGUGUAAUAAUAGGGCAUUGUGGCCUGUUAUAGUUUGUCAUAUCCAAUCUAUCCUAAAUGUGUGUGUGUUGUCCCCCCAGUAGAAGGUGUGAUGAGAAGUAAACGGCGGUGUGUAUUGGAGAAGAAACAGCCCUAUAGUGGAGAUGAGUGGUGCUCUGGCCCCGACACUGAGGAGGAGGAGGACAAGCCACAGCCUGCUACACACUGUGAGUAG